UGGAGUUGAAAUUGAGAUUCGAUUAUUUUGAUGGGUUUUCUGCGAAUCAUGGAAAGAUUACAGCUCCACAAGGACCACAUCUCUGCAACAACAUUCUUCUGCUCUUCCAAAAUCAAAAGAGAGUUCAGAAAGACACAAGAUAGUAUUACUUACAUCGUCACCUUCUUCCUUGAUCUGUUUCUGUUGUUACCGAAUUCUUUACCGAUACCGGUUUGGAGGUAAAUGGGCAACAGAAAAGGAAAAACAUAAAAUGGUAUAGAUUCGUUGAACUUGGACAGGUUUUGGGUUUGUGCUAUUCUUUAGAUUGUGUUCCAGUAAUCAUUCCAGUAAGACGAGAACCAUCAUGAGUGGCGAACGAACGGAAAAAAGGUGAAUACUUUUGUCUGUGUUGAACUUCAUCAAUAGCUUCUGUUCCAAUGGCUCACUCAUCUGGGGAGCAGUCGGAAAGGAGGGAAAUAGACACUGUAGGUCUGCCUUCAUCGCGCAUUCAUCCUGAUAACCUGCGACAUGUUCACAAGGUGGGCAUGGCCCCGAGGCAGAAUUUCUUUGAGGAAUUCUCAGGCAUGAUUAAGGAAACAUUCUUCCCAGAUGACCCUCUACGUGAUUUUAAGGACCAACCUCGAUCAAGAAAGAUCAUCCUAGGCCUACAAUCUGUUUUCCCAGUCUUACAAUGGGGGAGAGAAUACAAUUUAACUAAAUUCAGAGGAGACCUCAUUGCAGGACUUACCAUUGCAAGCCUUUGUAUUCCUCAGGAUAUUGGUUAUGCAAAGCUCGCAAAUCUUGCUCCUCAAUAUGGGCUCUACACCAGCUUUGUUCCACCACUAAUAUAUGCCUUCAUGGGGAGCUCUAGAGAUAUUGCCAUUGGACCAGUUGCUGUGGUGUCUCUUUUGCUGGGCACUUUGCUCCAAAAUGAGAUUGAUCCCGUUAAGAAUGCAGCUGAAUAUCAGAGGCUGGCAUUCACAGCUACUUUCUUCGCUGGAAUCACUCAAGCUGCACUUGGGUUUUUCAGAUUGGGGUUCUUGAUUGACUUCCUAUCUCAUGCUGCCAUUGUUGGGUUUAUGGGAGGUGCUGCCAUUACAAUUGCACUUCAACAGCUUAAAGGGUUUCUUGGCAUAAAGAACUUUACCAAAAAGAGUGACAUUGUUUCAGUUAUGCACUCAGUAUGGGGCUCAGUACACCAUGGGUGGAAUUGGCAGACUAUAAUCAUAGGGUCAUCAUUCUUGGCUUUCCUUCUGUUUGCCAAAUACCUUGGAAAGAAGAAUAAGAAAUUUUUCUGGGUGGCGGCAAUUGCUCCAUUGAUCUCUGUUAUCUUAUCCACCUUUUUCGUUUAUAUUACCCGCGCAGAUAAACAGGGUGUCCAAAUUGUGAAUCAUAUAAAAAAAGGUAUAAAUCCAUCAUCGGUGAAUGAAAUUUAUUUCACUGGAAAGUACCUGGGGACAGGUUUUAAGAUCGGCGUUGUGGCUGGAGUGAUAGCAUUGACAGAAGCCACAGCGAUUGGGAGAACAUUUGCAUCCAUGAAGGACUAUCAACUAGAUGGAAACAAAGAGAUGGUAGCACUAGGACUGAUGAAUGUUGUUGGUUCAAUGACUUCUUGUUAUGUGGCCACAGGUUCUUUCUCUCGCUCGGCUGUGAACUACAUGGCUGGCUGCCAAACCGCUGUCUCCAACAUUGUGAUGUCCUUGGUUGUUUUACUGACCUUAGAACUGAUCACACCCCUCUUUAAGUAUACCCCAAAUGCCAUUCUUGCUUCUAUCAUUAUCAAUGCUGUGAUCGGCCUGAUUGACAUUGAAGCAGCAUUGCUUAUUUGGAAGAUCGAUAAAUUUGACUUUGUCGCUUGCAUGGGAGCAUUCAUUGGUGUUGUGUUUGCUUCUGUUGAGAUUGGACUCUUGAUUGCGGUCUGCAUAUCCUUUGCUAAAAUUCUCCUACAAGUGACAAGGCCACGGACUGCAAUACUUGGAAACAUUCCCAGAACAACAGUCUACAGGAAUGUCCAACAAUAUCCAGAGGCGACCAAGGCCCCUGGGGUUCUGAUUGUGAGAGUUGAUUCAGCAAUAUACUUUUCCAACUCCAACUAUGUUAGGGAGAGGAUCUUGAGAUGGUUAACAGAUGAGGAACAAAAAUUGAAAGCAAAUGAUCUACCAAAAAUCCAGUUCUUGAUCAUCGAAAUGUCACCCGUUACCGACAUCGACACCAGUGGCAUCCAUGCCUUGGAAGAGUUAUACAGUUGUCUCCAAAAGAGAAGUGUUCAACUUGUCAUUGCAAAUCCUGGGCCAGUUGUGAUAGACAAGCUUCAUGCAUCAAAAUUUACAGAGUUGAUAGGCGACGACCAUAUCUUCCUUACAGUUGCAGACGCCGUGAUGACAUGCGCUCCGAAGAUGGUAGAAGAAGCGUGAUGGCAAGAUUUUGACCAGUGAUACCUACGUCCCCUUCACUCUUGAGUUCGGCUAUAUAUAUAAACUGUUUAUAUAUAUAUGUGAAAUAAGUGACAAAGAGAGGAAUGGUGUU